UCUUUUUGUAUUCUUGGUUUAUGUUGUUGUCGAGUUUUUUAUAUUUGUUUACUGGCUGAGAUUCUUAUUUUUUGCAAUUGCGUUUCCCCACUUUCAUUCUCACGGUUGAGAAUUUAUGAUUCCCUAUCAGAGGAAUCAAUCCAAGUUGACUAAUUUCACAGCUUUUGCCCAUUUCGUCUCUGUAUAAAUAGCAGACUAAGUUGAAGAGGUUAUUUCAAGCUGAGAUCAACUUUUUUCCUGUCAAGCAGGACCUCUUGGGGCUUACUUUGUAAUCUCAGCUUCGAUCCAUUAUGGAAUUUGAUGAAAGUCAGCAGACUGACCCCUUGGUUGUGAUACGCAAUGGAAAAGAAAUCAUAUUGCAGGCCUUCAACUGGGAAUCUCAAAAACAUGACUGGUGGAGAAAUUUAGAUAGAAAAGUUCCUGAUAUUGCUAAGUCUGGUUUCACAACAGCAUGGCUGCCUCCAGCAUGUCAGUCAUUGUCUCCUGAAGGUUACCUUCCACAAAACCUUUAUUCUCUCAAUUCUUCAUAUGGUUCUGAGCACCUCUUAAAAGCUUUACUUAAUAAGAUGAAGCAGUACAAAGUUAGAUCAAUGGCGGACAUAGUCAUUAACCAUCGUGUUGGGACUACCAAAGGGCAUGGUGGAAUGUACAACCGCUAUGAUGGAAUUCCUUUGUCUUGGGAUGAACAUGCUGUUACAGCUUGCACCGGUGGACGGGGUAACAAUAGCACUGGAGACAACUUUAAUGGAGUUCCAAAUAUAGAUCAUACACAAUCCUUCAUCCGGAAGGAUCUCAUUGACUGGAUGCGGUGGCUAAGAUCCUCUGUUGGCUUCCAAGAUUUUCGUUUCGAUUUUGCUAAAGGUUAUGCUUCAAAGUAUGUAAAGGAAUAUAUCGAAGGAGCUAAGCCAAUAUUUUCAGUUGGAGAAUACUGGGACACUUGCAAUUACAAGGGCAGCAAUUUGGAUUACAACCAAGAUAGUCACAGGCAAAGAAUCAUCAAUUGGAUUGAUGGCACGGGGCAACUUUCAACUGCAUUUGAUUUUACCACAAAAGCGAUCCUUCAGGAAGCAGUUAAAGGAGAAUUCUGGCGCUUGCGUGACUCUAAGGGGAAGCCACCCGGAGUUGUGGGAUGGUGGCCUUCAAGGGCUGUGACUUUUAUUGAUAAUCACGACACUGGAUCCACUCAGGCGCAUUGGCCUUUCCCUUCACGUCAUAUUAUGGAGGGCUAUGCAUACAUUCUAACACACCCCGGGAUACCAUCAGUUUUCUACGACCAUUUCUACGAUUGGGGUAAUUCUACUCACGACCAAAUUGUCAAGCUGAUUGAUAUCCGGAGGCAUCAAGGCAUAAACAGCCGUUCAUCUAUAAGGAUUCUUGAGGCACAGCCAAACUUAUAUGCUGCAACCAUUGGAGAAAAGGUUAGCAUGAAGAUCGGGGACGGAUCAUGGUGCCCUGCAGGAAAAGAGUGGAAGCUUGCAACCAGUGGCCAUCGUUAUGCAAUCUGGCAGAAGUAAUCUUACAACUAUUCCCCUCCACAAAAAUAUUAGUCGAGAUAUAUAGUAUAUGUUUCAAGCCCGGGCUAGGAUGGAGAAAUGAGUGUUUUUUCCAUUCAUUAGAAAUUGCAGAACGGGAUGUAGUUUUGGUAAUAAUAGUUGUUGAACGCUAUGAAAUAAGGGAGUUUAUAGUGUCGUAUUCAUGUAAUGAAAUCAAAGGGCUAGUUUUCCUCCGCUAAUUAUAAUUUUUCUCAUAUCAGAAGAUUAAAAAAAACGAAUUUUAAAAUGAUAAUCACGAGUUGCUUCGUUUGAA